CAACGUAUGGACUGCAAGAAGACGAAGGGGAAGACGGUCGUCGAGGGGAUGAAAGAACUAUGGACAGAAGUUUACCAAAAAAUGCAAAUGCUGGAGAGGUGGAAGAUGAGAUCUUAGCUUCAUUAGAUGACGUGGAAGAUGAACCCGCAGUACCUUUAGAAGGUGCUCAGGGGUAUGAAGUUGUAGAGGAGGAUGAUGUGGAAGCAGAAGAAGUCCCUCAUAAAAAAAGUAGCUCGUCCAGCGCAGACGGAGAAGAAGAGCCUGAUGCAGGUCGUGGUGAUCAAGCCUUCUACUCCAAAAAUAUCCCUACAAUGAUCAAGAACAUAUCCAAGUCCUUUAGAGCAAGUACAGAGGAAAGUGCUUACGCUGAAGAUGAGCCCCCAGGCGUCGAUGGAGUUCACGAAAACUUACUUACCUCGUCAAGCAGAUCCUCAAUGUCGAAGAAGAGCAAGAGCAGUAGCUCUUCCUCUGCCCACUUCAGAAGUGAGCAUCAAGUUGAUGGUGACGUGACCCCGCCUCUAGGUUCAGAAAGACGCCAGCCUACUUUGCACGGAUCUUCUAUCUUCUAUCCGGAACAAGUAGAAGAACAAACAGUUCGCGGAGGUCGUCUUUGGAAAAGUACUAGAGGCAGCGGUUUUCAAUUCUACUCUGAGCAAAGCACUGUCUGCGUCAGGGAUCAUCAUGAAGAUGGUAGUGCUGCUACUGGUAGGACACGACACGGCACCUCCUCUUCGUGGUCCUGGAGAGGAGCUUGUUUGGAAGGACAAGAAGAUGAAGAUGAUAUGAAGGCGAACCAAAAGAACGUUGACAAGAUGCAACACGACGAACUACAUGCACAUGCACAUCAUGGGCACGACAGGAAUAAUCCUUCAUCAUCUAUUUCGUCCUCAAACACCUUCUUUGUUUCCAAAAAUAGAAGAGCUACGGCAGCUACGAGAACGAGAAAUAGGACCAGAAGCUUUGACAUAGCUGUGACACGACCUCUUCAACCAGGACCAGGACUAUCUCACAUACAUCCUACCGCGGAUAGUGCUGCUGGAGGAACCGCAGCGGCCCGCCACGAUCCUCAUGAAGAAGAUAGCUUGAUACUGAAAUCACCUCCUGCUCAAGUCUCGUCUGUUUCAUCUGGAGGUGGUCUCAAACUCAACAACACAUAUGGACAAAAAGCAUCUCACUGUCAGGAAGGAGCAACGCCCAGACUGGUAGAAAUGGAUAGCAUCUAUCAAGAAGCACGUCAGGAAGCAACACCCAGACUCGUAGAGCAUUUUUUCUCUGCGUCGUCGUCGAGUAGUUCAAAGCAAACACAUAAGAGCACUUCUUCUAGGUCGAGCAGUAAAAUGACCACGAGCAAUUAUGCUGGUAAUUCUAGCAGCAACAGCAAAUCUUCGAGGAGUGCUGAUGUUGCAGCUACCUCAAGUUCCAGUUCAUCUAAUAGCAGUAGUAGUUGUAGCAGCAGCAGGCCGAGCAGGACUACCAGUAAGACGAAUAGUUCUAUAGCUACUUCAAAGCCCACAAGAACUUUGACACCGACGCAGGCUGCCACUAUAUCAACAUCAUCUUCUUCAACAUCAACAGCAAGAGAAACAGAAAGUGCGGCCUCGUCCACAUCAAGAACUUUGACACAGCAAGGGACAGCGGCACAACAUCCCCUCUCCCCCUCAAACAUGGUAUUCACCCGUGGUCGAAACCGUGGAUCGGGUGGACGGCGGUCAAAGCUACUCUUAGACCUCGCUGGAGCAUCUAGAGAGAGGCCGACUCGACGGAGAUGACGCUUUAUUUGAUAUUUUCCUCGAGCUGUCAUGAUCUUGUUCAAAUACCGAACGGGAACCGAAUCAAUAUGAUCAAAGUUGUUGUGAACUCAUUUUUUGCUUCUAGUUCUCCGUUCUUCUUUCUCAUUGCUCUUUCCAAACCCGUUCCUACAUUAUUCAUCUUCCCAGAUGCGUCAUCGUCACUUGUAUUCGUUCAGCUGUCACCAGUCUGCAAAUGUUGAUCACUCUACUACAAUUUGCCUACACUAAUUUCGAAGAAGCAACUCUUGACGGACGCUGCUCUACUUAAAGAGUAGAGCUAGAGUGGAGUUGUUUUCUCAGAGCCAGAAGUGGAUUUGUCCUCUGAAGAGAUAGUGCAUUAGAGAUGGUGGCGCAUUAUAGGACAGCGGAAAAGACUAGUGCGAUAGGAGGG